CCCAGCAUGGCCCGAGGAACUUCGAUGGUGAUGGCCAUGGCGGCUGCGCUCGUAGCACUUAUAGGAGUCACGGGGGGUCAGGGAGGAGGAGGAGGAGGAGGAGACGAUGUGGUGGAUGGUGUGUGCUCAGGCCGCGACCAAGAAUGCUCGAAAGGUGAAGAGCCGCAAGGGAUGGUGAGCAAGGGCAAGAAGUUUCAGUGCAUGGUGGAGCAUGGGGUAGACUAUCCCGGUGAUGGCUUCAAUGGAGACCUCGCGGUGUUCCACCAUGUUCCUUCUUUCAGAGAGUGCUGCAAGCUUUGCAAGAGAGACGACCGGUGCCAGUUCUGGACAUGGGCGACGCCGAAGAGACAUCAGGCGUACGAUUGCUGGCUGAAAGAUGGCUCUGUGGAAGAUUACCGCGUGAAGAACGAGUUCUCCUCCCUCCUGGUGUCAGGGUACGUGCUGAGGAACGAGACUGUACAGCAGGCUUCCCGACGAGCACGAGAGAAGGAGCUGGAAGAGAACAACAGCGAGCCAGGCAAGAACAGGAUGGCUCGUAAGGAGGCGGAUAAAGUGAUCAGCCAUGCUCGGGGUCUAUUGCAACAGGGAAGGGCGGCAGAAGCGGAGGCAAUGCUGAGGGAGAGCUUCAAACAGCACAGCAAGACAGGCCCCUACUACUACUGGCUCGGUGUGUUCCUGGAGGCGCAGCAGAAGAUGGAGGAGGCGGCAGCGAAACUCAAGAAAGCGACGGAGAGGACAGAUUUGAAACCCUUCCAGAAAGCUGUUGCCCACAACAUGAUGGGAAAGAUCUACCAACAUCGCAUGAA